AUGACGCCUGCACCAGCAACCGAAUACUCUGUCUACCGUGGGAGCGAGGGAGCCGUGAAGAAGGCGCUGGCCAAACUGCCUUCCCUUGGGCCAAAAGAAGUCCUUGUCAAGAUCACGCACUCCGGUUUAUGCGGGACGGAUCUCGCGUAUAUCCCUUACGGUAUCGCUCUUGGCCAUGAGGGCGUGGGCAUAGUUGAAGCGAUCGGAAGCGACGUGACCCAGUUUAAAGUCGGGGACCGAGCCGGUGGCGGGUACCAUCGCAACUCCUGCGGCCACUGCAGCUACUGCCUGUCCGGGCAGGAUAUCUGGUGCUACGAGCGCAGCGUCUACGGUGAAAAAGACUAUGACAACGGGACUUUUGGCGAGUAUUACGUCGGAGUCGAGACAUAUCUCCACAAAAUCCCGGAGAGCAUGGCAAGUGAGCAUGCUGCGCCGAUGCAGUGCGCCGGAGCGACGACGUACAACGCCCUUGUAUCCGUCGUAAAGCCAGGAGAGCGCGUCGGCAUCAUCGGAAUCGGAGGCCUAGGCCAUCUCGCUGUCCAAUUCGCACGAAAGCUUGGAACUGAAGUCGUGGUUUUCAGCACCAGCAAAAGCAAGGAGGAGGAAGCUCGGAAGCUGGGUGCGUCCGAGUUCUACCUGUUAGACGAGCUCGACAAGAUCCAGAAGCCAGUGAAUACGCUGGUCGUGGCGGGUAACCGCUACCCGGACUGGAACAAGUUCCUAGUAAAGAACGUCGUCGCUCGUGCCGGCAACAUCGUGCCUCUCUCUGCUCCGCAUGGGGCUAUAGAACUCCCUGCUUUCCCGCUCUUCUUCGACGGGUACAACGUCCGCUCCAGUCUCGUCGCGUCUCGGGCCAAGCACGACGAGAUGCUUGCAUUCGCCGCGGCGCAUGAUGUGAAGCCCUGGGUGGAGAAGUUUGAGCUGACUGAGAAGGGUAUCCAGGAGGCUAUUGGGAAGCUCAAUGGCAACAAGAUGCGCUACCGAGGCGUGCUAGUUGCGCAGGAGGCGUAG